AUGAGAAUGGAAGACAUGUCUCUAUCUGGCCUGGAUAACAGUAAACUAGAGGCCCUUGCUCAUGAUAUUUACACUGACCUGGUGGAGGAUACAUGUUUGGGGUUAAGUUUUGAGGUUCACCGAGCUGUUAAAUGUGGUUAUUUCUUGCUGGAUGAGACCGACCCUGAGAGCAUGAAAGACUUUGAAAUCAUAGACCAGCCUGGUGUGGACAUCUUUGGUCAGGUUUAUAACCAGUGGAAGAGCAAAGAGUGUGUGUGUCCAAAUUGCAAUCGCAGUAUAGCAGCCUCCCGCUUUGCCCCUCACCUUGAGAAAUGUCUUGGCAUGGGUCGAAACAGCAGCCGCAUCGCAAAUCGCAGAAUUGCGAGCAGCAACAAUAUGAACAAAUCAGAAAGCGACCAAGAAGAUAAUGAUGAUGUAAACGAUAACGAUUGGUCGUAUGGCUCGGAGAAGAAAGCAAAGAAGAGGAAAUCAGAAAAGAAUCCAAAUUCCCCACGGAGAUCAAAGUCCAUAAAACACAAAAAUGGCGAUCUCUCGGUUAACACUGACCAAUUUAAGCAGUAUAGUAACAAUUCUGGAAUUAGUUACGAAAACCUUGGGCCAGAAGAGCUCCACACACUGCUAACGACGCAAUGUGGAGUCAUAUCAGAACAUACCAAGAAGAUGUGCACCAGGUCAUUACGAUGUCCCCAACAUACGGAUGACCAGCGUAGAUCUGUCAGAGUUUACCUCCUAGGUUCCUCCGCAUCUCUACCAGAACCCGAUGGCAGUACAGACAAUGACAGCUUUGAUGUGGUGGAAGGGCAGGGCCUAAUGGGUCGACUUCCAUGGGAUGGAUCCUCUGAUAUCUCUCCAUCCGACUCGGCCUCAUCCAAAGCCAGCACAAAUAACUCAGACACCCGAAAACCCAAGAAGAAAAAGCCAAGUCAUAUCAGCAUGGGCAGCGCAGGUGGUGGCGGCGCCAGUAAAAAGAAGAAACCCAAAGCCCCAGCCCCGCACACACCCGGAAUGUACAGUGAACUCAACUGA